CAUUUAAAAUUAUCAAUUUAACGGGUUGUGAUUACUCGAUCACGCUCCGUUGCGAUACAGCAGACUCUCGCUCACACGACAAUUCUUGCGUCACACUAUGAGAAAGCAAUAAAUUUUUUGUUUAAGAUAAUUUAUCGCCCAGUAAUCGUAUAGUUAUACGCCUGCGGCGAAUAGUUCCCGCGCGGUGAACUCCGUGUCAUAGUCCAAGCAAUUAUUUUUCGUGUCUGAAUCAGCUGUAGAAACAGCCAUCUUAUCAUCAGCUGUCGCGAUUGUCUCGAAUGUUAUACGUAGUGAUGGGCCAAGGGAGAAUUUGAGACAGUAACAAUUUGCGACACACGAGCGAUGGAUGAUGAAACGUUGAAUAGGCUGGCAGCCGAAGCUUUACUGGAAGAAGCCAAACUUGGUGCACGAAGGGCCGAAAUAAUGGGUCCUAGUGGAUGGGUGAAACCUAAAGAAACCGUUAACAAAAGAUUUCUCCAUUCAACAUUGAGAAAUGCAGUAAUAUCAAACAAGCACCGUCAUAAGCAAGAAAAGCAAGAAAAAAUAAAAGUUCAACCACGUAAAGCGGAUGCUGUUAAAAAAACAUAAUGUACAAAUAGUAUUGUUUUUAAGUAUUUAUGUUAAUACAUGUUUCUGAUAUGUAUUCUAUUCUGACAGUUACUCAUUUUUUGUUAAGAGAGAGGGGAAGAAAUGUGUAAACGCCUUUAAAUAUUGUUACUAAAGUAAACGACUGUAAUUGUUUUUAUUUAUUCUCUCUGUUAUAGUACAUUCAUGUUAUAAUCAAAUAUUACAUAUUUUUAUAUGGAAUAAAAAAAGAAUUCUAUAUAAAUAUA